AUGGACAUUACCCCACAGCUAGAGCAAGGAUUGAUGGCAACUGGAUGGGGUAGCUGGGACAAUACUGAUGCUGUGGCUGAGGUCAAUGCAUGGGGUCCUGGUGAAUGGGGUGGAUGGGACACUGAUAAUGGGCAAGAAAUGCCAUGGGACACUAAUACUGAGUGCAUGCCUGUUGACAAUGACCAGGAGUGUAGCAGUCCUCUUCCUAUCUGGUCAGACAGUGUGCCAACAUGGGGCCACAACUUGACAUCACACCACUCAAGGCCAAGAGAGGGCACAUGGUUGCAUAGCAACCAACAACACUACAUACAGCAACUACAAAAGAACAGGAAGGGAGACAGGAGCAGAGGGGAAGUGAGAGGUGAGAGAGAGGAGGCUCUGGAAGAGGAGGGAAACAGUGGCAAUGAUGAACAGAAUGGGAUAGGUGAGGAUGGUGAGGAUCCCCCAGAGGAAGGGAACACCCUAGUGGAGGGGGAAUAG